AAAGAGGCCACAACACUAGCAAGAGUGUAGCCAACAGAGCCAAACUCACUGGUACGCAGCCGAUCGAUCGAUAAGGUCCCUCGAAUUUAACACCCGCUCGCCAUGUCGUUCCUCCCGAUCCCGCUGCCAAUCGUUGGAGACAUAGCCAGCAGGCUGAACGGCCGAGAGAAACCGCGCGGCGACGACACGACGUCGUCGGCGCCGGCGCCUGUUCUCGGAACCGUGGCCAGCAGGUGGCGCGAGCUCCACGGCGAGAACUCGUGGAAGGGCCUCCUGGACCCUCUGGACCCGCACCUCCGCUCCAGCAUCAUCUCCUACGGCGAGAUGGUGCAGGCCGCCUACGACGCCUUCAACACGGAGAGGCGCUCCCCGCACUGCGGCGCGUGCUUCUACGGCUACGAGGACCUGCUCGCCGGCGUGGGGGUGCCCCACCACGGCAACAACUACGAGGUCACCAAGUUCAUCUACGCCACCUCGUCGCUGCCACUCCCGAGCUCCUUCCUCCUGCUGCCGCUGCCGUCGCUGCCGGACGUCUGGAGCCGGGAGUCCAACUGGAUGGGGUACGUGGCCGUGGCCACGGACGAGGGCGCCGCCGCGCUCGGGAGGCGGGACAUCGUUGUGGCGUGGCGCGGCACCGUCCAGAACAUGGAGUGGGUCAACGACCUCGACUUCGCGCCCGUGCCCGCCGCGCCCGUGCUGGGCUCCGCGGCGAGCCAGCACCGCCUUGCCGUCGUGCACCAUGGGUUCCUGUCCAUGUACACGUCAAGCAACAAGAGCUCCGAGUUCACCAAGACCAGCGCCAGAGAUCAGGUUGUCAAGGAGGUCAGGAGGCUCGUGGAGCUGUACAAGGAUGAGGAGGUCAGCAUCACCAUCUGUGGCCACAGCCUUGGUGCGUCGGUCGCCACCCUGAACGCCGUUGACCUGGUGUCUAGCGGCAUCAACAAACCCGAGGGCUCCACUAAGUCGUUCCCUGUGACUGCUAUCGUGUUUGCGAGCCCUCACGUCGGGUGCCGCUUCUUUAGGUCGGCGUUCAACUCAUUUCCAGACCUGAAGACACUACAUGUGCAGAACGCUGGCGACGUCGUGCCCAUGUACCCACCUCUGGGAUACGUGGAUGUGGCCGUGGAGCUUACCAUAAGAACAAUCCGAUCUCCGUACAUGCGUAAGCCGGCCACAGUGGGAACACUCCACAAUCUCGAGUGCUACCUACACGGAGUGGCCGGGGAGCAGGGAAGUGCCGGAGGGUUCAAGCUAGAGGUGGAUCGUGACAUAGCGCUGGUGAACAAGGGUGCCGACGCUCUCACGGACGAGCACCCGGUGCCGGCGUGUUGGUGGGUCCCUAGACACAAGUUCAUGGUCAAGGGGGAAGAUGGGCGAUGGACGCUCCAGGAUUUCAAGCACAUCUGAGUUACUCACAUCGGCCAUUGAAAGGUAAAUUAGGCCUUGAUGUGAUUCACGACAUUGUACUCGUUACCAAGUUUCUAAAUAACGGCUACGGUUUGUCAAUCGUACCGAGUAUCUUUCCCUUUUUAUGCAAUAUAAGUGAAUGUUUCACGACAUUGUACUCGUUACCAAGGGUCUAAAUAAUGGCUACGGUUUGUCAACCA